UGCGUGACGCAAACUUUACAGUCUAGCCUGGAAGCCCCACCUUUUGUGUUUCCCGCACCGUCAAUCAAAAUAGAAAAAACCGACUCGAAUCACCGAUCGCAGCCCGCCUUUGAUUAAAAUAAUCAUGUUUGGCGUUUAAAUAAACUGAGAAUCUAUCGAUUUAAAACAUUCACGCUAUGACUGGUACGUAACAUUUAACCCGAUUCAAGCAUACCACCACCGCCCCUGAACAGCCAGUGAAACAAGAGGAAAUGGCUGCCUUAGACGUGGACAGCAGUCAAAGCGACUAUCUACAGCAAGUUAGCGGCGGAGUAGACCAGGACGCUCCGUCACCGCUUGCUCUGCUGGCAGCUACCUGCAGCAAGAUCGGGUCGCCUUUGACAGAGGAGGAUAACGGUGCUGCCGCUGGCGUGACCACAGACCUCACAUCUAUACAGCUAACAGGGGCAUCGGACAGAUGGGAGGUACUGACACCCACAGCAACAAUAAAAGAGGAACCGGGCAUAGUGCAUAUUCCAAAUGCGGGGAUAGUGACAUCAAACGGACAGUACAUUCUCCCAGUCCAGAACCUUCAGAGCCAAUCAAUCUUUGUAACGUCUGGGACAGACGCUUCUGCCAACACAGUGCCUAACAUACAGUACCAGGUGAUCCCACAGAUCCAGACUGCUGAUGGUCACCUGGGGUUUUCCACAUCUACUGUGGAUGGGACCACUCUGGGUCAGGAUGCCACGGGGCAGAUCCAGAUCUUGCAGGAUGCGGGUCAUAACCUAAAUGCGACAGGGACAACUUCCGCAGACAUCCUUACUAACACACAUAACCUCAUAUCACAGACUGGGCAUGUGCAGCAGAUACAAGGAGUAUCCAUUGGGAGCUCCACAUACAACAGCCAGGGUCAGGUCGUCACUAAUGUGCCUGUUGGACUGCCGGGAAACAUAACCUUUGUACCCAUAAACAGUGUAGAUUUGGAUUCCCUGGGUCUCUCUGGAGCCCAGACAAUAGCAACUGGCGUCACCCCUGAUGGCCAGCUGAUUAUGGCUGGGCAGCCCCUGGAUGGCUGUGAGAGUUCCGAUAAGACCGGUGAGCACAUCUCACAAGCGCUGUCUGCAGAUGAGCCCGGUGUCCAUCAGGAAAUGUAUGUGCCAACGACUGCGUCCUCCCAGCUGACGAUAGACGGCACAGGGGUCCUGACGCAAGCAACGGCAGCACCCCCGGGCGGACAGACGGACUCCACGGGCCUCCAUGAGGGCUACACCCAGCAGAACCAGGUCCAGAACGUCCAGGUGUCCUCGGCGCAGCCCAUCAUCCAACUGCAGCAGGUGGGCCAAGUCGGCGAGGUGGCAGGGACGUCGGGCCUCCCCCAACAGCAAAUGCAGACAGCGGGGCAGACCAUUCAGAACCUGCAGCUCCUCAACCCAGGAACUUUCCUCAUCCAGGCCCAGACCGUCACGCCAUCUGGGCAGAUCCAGUGGCAGACCUUCCAGGUGCAGGGCGUCCAGAAUCUGCAGAACCUCCAGCUGCCCAGUGCCUCUUCCCAGCAGAUCACCCUGGCGCCUGUCCAGGCUGUGUCCUUGGGCCAGGGGGGUGAGCUGGGCACCAGCCCCGUCAGCAUCAGCGGGCAGAUCCCCAACCUACAGACGGUGACGGUGAACUCAGUGGCCGGGACCGGGAUUCAGUUCCAGCAGGCAGAGGAUACAGGCAGCCCUGGAGAUAUCCAGAUCAAGGAGGAGCCAGACUCGGAGGAGUGGCAGCUAGGCAGCGACUCCACCCUCAACCCCAGCGACCUGUCGCACCUGCGCGUGCGGAUGGUGGACGAGGAGAUGGAGCCGCACGGACAGGAGGGCAAACGGCUGCGCAGGGUGGCCUGUACCUGCCCCAACUGUAAGGAGGCUGGCGGGAGAGGCUCAAACAUGGGGAAGAAGAAGCAGCACAUUUGCCACAUGCCAGGCUGUGGAAAGGUGUAUGGGAAGACGUCCCACCUGCGGGCACACCUGCGCUGGCACUCUGGGGAGCGGCCCUUCGUCUGCACCUGGAUGUUCUGUGGGAAGAGGUUCACACGCAGCGAUGAGCUGCAGAGACACAGGAGAACACACACGGGGGAGAAGAAAUUUGUGUGUCCGGAAUGUUCUAAACGCUUCAUGCGGAGCGACCACCUGGCCAAGCACAUCAAAACGCACCAGAACAAAAAAGGCGUGAACUCAAGUGGCGCGGCAAUGGCCACGGUGGAGCCUGUGGCAUCCUCGGACAGCAUCAUCACGGCGGGUGGCACCACACUCAUCCUCACCAACAUCCAGCAGGGCUCCAUGCCGGGCCUCGGGACUGUCAACGCCAGCGCACAAGAGAUCCUCUCUAAUUCAGAAAUCCCAUUACAGCUCGUCACGGUCUCCGCCAGCGAGGUGAUGGAGUGACAGCACGCCCGACGCAGGAACUAUUUUUUUUUUUUUUUUUAAAUAUAUAUAUAUAUACACACACAUGCAUACAUGUAUACAUAUAUAUAUAUAUAUAUAUAUAUAAAAUAUAUAUAUUUUAAAGAAGAAUUAUCGGGUUUAUGUUCAUUAGCAGUCUUUUUGCUGGUUGGACAAAAACAACAUUAAAUGUAGUUCCAAUACAUACACACUGAAAUGCCUUAUUUUGUAUCAUAUUCGGUAGUAUGAAAUGGUGCAGUUGCAUGUGUUUUUGUAAGCUACUGGACACUAGUUCUGAAGAUGUUUGUGUAAAAUGGGUAAAAUGGAAAAAUUGGUACAGUUUUUGAAAGAAAUGGCAGUACCGUCAGCCCAGUUGUACAGCAGAUGAAGUUGUGGGCGUGUUCCUGAAAAAAUGGUAAGGUGCCUCUUAUCCUUGAGCAAAACAGUAAUUAAUCAAUCCAGUGUCAGUCCAGGUUUUUUUUACUGUUGCUUUUUUAUUUCAAGCAUUGUGACAAGUACUGUCCCAAAUGUGUCUUCAUUUAUGUUUUUGAUUUUCAUCACUUCUGCAUAUUUACUUUCUUCUCAAUCAUGUCUAACAGUCAAAUUGGGGACGUCAUAUAUUGUCAGCAUUUAAAUAAUUGUGUUUGUUUUGGCUGCUCAUUUCAAGUCUUGUUUGCAGGUGAACAAAGAAAAAUCAAUCAUGUAAUUAAGUUUUUUGUUGUUUUCCUUUCCUGGUUCUUCUUUUGAUCCAGUGUUCUAAUAUACUUUUUUGCAGAUUAUCUCACAGUAAAAGUCUAUUUAUAGUAGGCUUUCCUUGUGGACUGGUUUUGUUGUAUCUGAAACUCCUUGUUUUUAAUUACUUUUUAAAUAUGUAUAAUAUUCAAACAUUACUUUUGUAAAACUGCAUUUUUCCAAUGGAUCACAAUUAAAGUCUGAAUCAUUUCUAUGAAAAAUUGGUUGAAUUGGCAAAAAUUUGCAUCUUCAUCUGAGCAAUUUGGUCAUGCAGCAAAUUGCAGUGUUUCAUCAGUUGAUUCCUUUGCUUGGUUGUGGGACGAUGUGUUUUACCACAAAUGUUCUGUGCAAGAAGCAGAUCAGUGUAUUCUUUGUCCUUUGUACCAUCUUCUAAGAAAUCUUUGUGAUCCCGGUUCUGUCUGUGUUAUUAUGCUGGCUGUGGAUACUCUGUUGUCAGCCAUGUCCUUUAUGAAUAUUCAUAAAUAUUUCAGCAAAUCAGAACACUUUGACACGCAACAAUAGCAGAGACUACUUUCAUUGUUGCAGAGCUGACCAUCUGGAUCAAGAGUGGGCAAUUGUAUUCCUGGAAUGCCGAUGUGUAUGCAGAUUUUUUUUACCCUGGCUCAAUUAGUGAUUAGCUGUAUAUACCAAUGCCACUCUCCCUGUAGAUCAGAGGUAAAAUGUUGUAUAUAGGGGCCAAGAUAAGUCUUUUGUCAUUUAUGAGCUUUUCAGAAAAUGACUAAUCAGAUAAGUGAUUGGACUGAUUACAUGAGAGAAGUUCACCUGAAGUCCAGAAACCAAUGCAGCUCUCUGUCCGCAUUGA